AUGGCUCUACUAACAAAUGUCGCCAUCCUGCUGGUGCUGGCUUGUUUCUCCCACCAGCUUGUGCUGAGCAGCUGUCAGAAGAGUCAAGGACGGAGGGGGAGAGGGGUGGACAGGGGACAGAACAAAGACAGGAUAGGGCUAAGGGUGAGCCGGCAGCCCAAAUCCAUCUCCACACAGCCCAUUAAAGGCAAAGUGGUCACUAAGGACAAGUCAGAGUGCACCUGGGCAGCAACAGGUGAGGACGUCUUCAUCCUUGGUGUCUCCUGCAAGAAGGGAGGGAGGAGCUCCAGCUGUGAGUAUGUCUCCAGGCCGACUCUUUGCCCCCAGUAUGUUUCAAACCCCAAACUAUACUGGAAGCAAAUCACCCGGGCUCUGAAGAAGCAGAAGACUUUGUGCCAGGACGGCGCCGCUUUGGUCAGGGCGGGGAUGUGCAGAAAAGCUGACAGAGAGGCUCAUUUCAGACUAAACACACAGACACAAACUGAUCCACCUCCCUCCCCACAGCCUUCACCCGGGGCUGUCAAAUCCUGUCAGUCUGAGAACAUGAAGCUGGCAGAGGAAUACUGCAACAAGUCGUGGCUGAGUGUUUGCACCUUCUUUUUUACGAUGGUGCAGGAUUAUGACUGCUGA